GUUUGUAGUGAGGACUUUGAACACCCAUAACUCUGUUAAUUCACUGAGGAAUUUAAACAAACUGUUCAAACAGGCCUGCAUGGAGUGACUGGUUUACAACUGCAGAGAAAGGGCUGUUUCCUUAGUUACUUUCCCCUCCUUGCAGUUUCUGUGCUGGAUUUAUUUAGCUGCUGGGACACUGAAGAGAGAAUAAUGAGAAAAGCAGGAGUGUUUGUGUUUUUGCUGCUCAAUUUGGCAGUGGAAAUGAGUGUCGCUGCAGAUAAUACGAAGGGAUCUGCGUCAGAAAAGUCUGGUCCGGAGAACAAGGUGAAAACCAAAGAGGCUGAAGUCACUCGCACCAUACCUGAAAGUUCUUCACCUUUUUUAGGCAAACUGCUGGUGGUGCCCAUGGACGGGAGUCACUGGAUAGGUCUUAAAGCCAUUGCCCAAGAAAUGGGUCGUCGUGGGCACAGAGUUACUGUGGUGAUGCCAGAAGUCAACAUACGCAUGGGCCCAGGGAAACACUACGACACUCUGACCUAUCCGGUACCUUAUGACAAGGCUUACAUUGACUCUGUGAUGUCCAUGCACAAAGAAAUUAUGGAAAUGGCUUCACAGCAUUUUACGGAGAAGAUAAAGAAACGAUUCAGACAGUUUCAGAGCAUUUCCGAUUUCCUGCACGUCACUGCAGAGAAGCUGCUGUUCAAUGCCAGUCUCAUCUCACAUCUGGACCAGCAGGGCUUUGAUGCCGUAUUGACAGACCCCAUGGUUCCCACAGGCUCGCUGAUAGCUCGGAAAUUAGGUCUCCCUUCUGUCAAUCUGCUGAGAGGUAUCCCAUGUUCUUUGGAUAUGAAGUCUGCUGGCUGCCCAUCCCCACCCUCAUACGUGCCUCGCUUUUUCACUGGAUACACGGAUAAAAUGAACUUCAAGGAGAGAGUCAUCAACACUUUGGUGGCUUUGGUGGAGCCGUUGUUUUGCAGACUUCUGUAUUGGCGCUUUAAUGGAAUAACCCAGGAGUUCCUUGGAGAGAACGUGGGUGUGGCUGAAGUGCUUUCGGACUCUGAUAUCUGGCUGAUCAGGAGUGACUUCGUGCUGGAUUUCCCACGUCCACUAGUGCCUAAUGUGAUUAUGGUUGGUGGAAUCAACUGUAAUGUGAAAAAUCCACUGCCCCAAGAUUUGGAGUCCUGGGUGUCAGGAGAGCAUGGGUUUGUAGUGUUCACUCUGGGCACCAUGGUCUCAGAUAUGCCAGAAGAAACCACCUCUGUCUUCCUGGAGGCCUUCAGACAGAUUCCACAGAAGGUCAUAUGGAGGUAUACUGGAAAGGUUCCUGACAAUGUCCCAGAAAAUGUGAAGAUGAUGAAAUGGGUGCCUCAGAACGACCUGCUAGUCCACCCCAGAGUCCGUGCCUUCAUCACUCACGCCGGCUCGCACGGUGUGUUUGAGGGACUGUGUCAUGCCGUUCCCAUGGUGAUGCUGCCACUGAACGGGGACCAGUGGGACAACGCGGCGAGGAUGGUGAGCCGGGGAGUGGGAAUCGUGUUGAACAUUUUUACCAUAACUACAGAAAGCCUUCUGCAGGGACUGAACGAGGUCAUCAACGACAGCAGGUAUAAAGAAAAUGCGAAGAAGCUGUCAGACCAUCAUAAUGAUCGGCCAUUUGACUCACUGGAGCUUUCAGUGUACUGGACAGAAUAUGUGAUGCGACAUAAAGGAGCAAAGCAUCUCAAAGUGGCUGUCCAUGACCUCUACUGGUUCCAGUACUUCAGCCUGGAUGUAAUAGCACUGCUAGUUACUGUGGGGGUUAUUGUUGUAACGCUGACAGCAAAAUGUAUGAAGCUAUGCUUCUGUAAACUGAGAAGGAAGAGAAAGCAGGAAUGACCUUUUUUACUGUAAUGCAUAUUGUAAUUGUAUCCUCAUCUGUGGUUGAAGGACAUUCUAAUAAUAAUAAAGUUGAAUAUAUUCUAAUUAAACAGACCUAAAAAGAAUAAGUAAAAACCAUGUGGUGAUCACAAACAUGUU